CAAAAUGCUUAAUUGUUAUUAAUGUAUGGGUAUUUUUUUAACCUGUUCGUUUGCCAAGUGUUUUCAGUUAAUGUAUAGCUAACGUUAGCUAGUUAAUGAAACAGUAAUUGCGUUGCUUUUGCGCGAUGGAUAAACAUAAAUCAUGGCUCGUCACUAACGUUAGUUAGUUGUUACUAGCCAUUGAUAAUGUCUCUAAAUUGAAUUACAUUACACAUUAAGAGUCAAUGGACGAAGGCGUCUUCUGUGGGGGAGUUUUAUCUGUACGGGCAAGUUUUAUUGUCUGGGUAGUUUUGUUUGGAGCACCGCUCAGUCUGAACAUUAACACACAUUGCUUGUAAUAUGAUUUGUGAAGCAUAAGGACUGUAUCUUUCAUAUCAGAGAAACCAUUCUCAAAAAAACGAAAUGUUACAUUGAUACACACCUUUUAUAGGGUUAGUGUUCCCACACAGCUAUAUUUCCGUGUUUACGGAAGACAGAGGGACCACCUGUACUAAUUAGCCAUCUAGCAUGCUCGGAACACCUGUGUGUAACCGAAGAAGGCCGCCAUAAACGUGUUGCUGUCGUCUGCAACUGUAAUAAAGCCAGUUAAAACAGUAUACGGUGCCUGUUGUGGCUCAGAUGAGAAGACUUACAUGGUGGGGGGCUGGGCCUGGGCCUGGUGGCUCAUCACUGACAUUCAAAGGAUUACACUGGAGAUUAUGACACUCCAACCUAAGUGUGAGGAUGUUGAGACUGCUGAAGGAGUCGCCAUCACUGUCACUGGGGUGGCACAGAUCAAAGUGAUGACAGAUCAUGAUCUUUUGGCAAUUGCUUGCGAGCAGUUUUUGGGAAAAUCCGUCCCUGAAAUCAAAGGAGUGGUUUUGCAAACCUUGGAGGGACAUUUACGCUCAAUUCUAGGCACACUGACAGUGGAGCAAAUCUACCAGGACAGGGACAAGUUUGCCCAGCUGGUAAGGGAGGUGGCAGCUCCCGACGUGGGCAGGAUGGGCAUCGAGAUCCUCAGCUUCACUAUCAAGGAUGUCUAUGAUAAACUGGACUACCUGAGCUCCCUGGGGAAAACUCAGACAGCAGCAGUUCAGAGGGAUGCAGACAUCGGUGUGGCAGAGGCAGAAAGGGAUGCUGGGAUAAGAGAAGCAGAGUGCAAGAAGGAGAUGAUGGAUGUCAAGUUCCUGGCCGACACCAAGAUGGCCGACUCCAAACGAAAACUUGAACUGCAGAAGGCUGCUUUCAACCAAGAAGUCAACACCAAGAAAGCGGAAGCUCAGCUGGCCUAUGAGUUGCAGGCAGCUAAAGAACAGCAGAAGAUCAGGCUGGAGGAGAUAGAGAUUGAAGUGGUUCAGAGGAAGAAGCAGAUCACCAUUGAGGAGAAGGAGAUUGUCCGCACAGAGAAGGAGCUCAUCGCCAUGGUGAAGAGGCCUGCCGAGGCAGAGGCAUACAAGAUGCAGCAGCUGGCUGAGGGACAGAAGAUGAAGAAGGUUCUGAUGGCCCAGGCGGAGGCAGAGAAGAUCCGGAGGAUAGGCGAGGCAGAGGCCUGCUCCAUAGAAGUUAUAGGGAAGGCUGAGGCUGAGAAGAUGAGGCUGAAGGCUGAGGCCUACCAGCAGUAUGGAGAGGCAGCCAAGACUGCUCUGGUUCUGGAGGCCCUACCCAAGAUUGCAGCCAAGGUGGCGGCACCGCUGGCCAGGACCAAUGAGAUAGUCAUCCUGAGCGGGAAGGGCAACCGUGUGACUGGGGAAGUGAAUCGCCUCCUGGCUGAACUUCCAGUGUCCGUCAACGCCCUCACUGGAAUUGACCUAUCAAAGAUCCCACUACUGCAGAAGAUGACCUAUGCUCAGGCCUGAAAACAAUCUCUCCCUUCUACUCCGAUAUCUGUUUUAUGCACUCCCAUAGACUGCCUUCAAUACACUUGAAAUUACACACACACACACACACACACACACACACACACACACACACACACACACACACACACACCACACACACACACA